AUGAGUGGACAGCGCAAUCAGGGUCUCUCCCCAGGGGGAGCCCCCCGUUGCAUCGGAUUCCACGACCUGCCCCCGGAGAUACGCCAGCAAAUUUGGAAAGCGGGGACGCCACCGACAAUUCACACAUUCUUCGUUGACAAGACCCCUCAAGAUGUCCAACGAGGCGAUGCCUUGGAUAUAUCCCAGGUAAAUGCCGAAUCUCGCGUCACUGUCCAAAAAGAUGGGUGUUGGCUCGUCGACUACGACAAUGGCCAGUCGCACCAGUCAGUCCAGAUCAAUCUCAUUCAUGACGUUGUUUUUAUCGAAGAUGGUAUGCCCCCACUCGGCCUGGGUGACGGCGAUGGCAGUGGACGAUUACAGAAGAUUGCCUCUGUUUUUGAACAUCUUACUAUGGCCAGAGACAUUGACUACACUACGGAGCCAUUGGGGGAACUCGAGAUCUUUGGCUUUGACAACAUUCGAGAGUACACUGUUUUAUCCGAGCAUAGCGAACGCCUCUGGAUCGAUGGGUGUCAAAUGCUUGAACCGCAGGUUAUCGGGGCGGAUCGGGGCUUCCAAUGGUACCGGAAUUGCACCCAAGAUCCCGAUUCCCUGGAUCAGGCUGCCAGGUACUUCGAGCAGAAAGGGAUCCCAGGAGACACUGGGAUCAAGUGGCCGUUGGAGAAUUUUUACCCCUUGCACCAGGCUACCAACAUGAGGGGCUGGACCUUGAGCGAAGAAGUUGCUCAAUGGCGCCAGGACUUCCGUGCAGGCCUUAUUGAGCCUGAAUUUGAUGAAGAUGGCAACUCGAUGGGAGGGGCGUUAACAUUGUCCGCCAUGCCUCGCAUCGGCCAUAUGGGCUACUCAAUGAAUGAGACCUCGGUGGGGGGCAACUGGGCCGGAUUCCGCUACUUCACGGAUACGAUGCGGGUUGAAUUUACCCCGUUGGCCUUUGCCGAUAUUGAAGGACUUCUGACAGCAAGCUGGGAAGCUCGACGUACAUUGCCGGAGUUAGUGGCGCAUAUAUGGGUCGUCCGGCCGGGAGAGGAGGGGAUUGUACCGAAUGAGUCGUACCACGCGUGGGAGGAGGUUAAGCCAUACUCCGAGACAGAGGAAGAAAGGGAUGGUCAGAUCCGACGACUAUGGCAGUUGACACGGGAUGCAUGCCAUUGGCCCUGUCUUUGGGAUUAG